AUGUCAAGAAAACCAUGUUGUGUCGGAGAAGGGCUGAAGAAAGGGGCAUGGACCACGGAGGAAGACAAGAAACUCAUCUCUUACAUCUACGAACAUGGAGAAGGUGGCUGGCGCGACAUUCCCCAAAAAGCUGGGUUGAAAAGGUGUGGAAAGAGUUGUAGACUGCGAUGGACUAACUACCUAAAACCUGAGAUCAAAAGAGGCGAGUUUAGUUCAGAGGAGGAACAGAUUAUCAUCAUGCUCCAUGCUGCUCGUGGCAAUAAGUGGUCUGUCAUAGCGAGACAUUUACCUAGAAGAACAGACAACGAGAUAAAGAAUUACUGGAACACUCAUCUCAAGAAACGUCUGAUCGAACAGGGUAUUGAUCCCGUGACUCACAAGCCACUAGGUUCUAAUACCAACCCUACUGCCACCACACAGCCUGAGAAGUUGCAUUCCCUAGAUGCACCUACUUCCACGUCUCUUCCUCUUUCCUCCGGCUUCAACACAGUUUCCAAGAUCACUAGAAAUGAUGUGGCACCAGUUCAUGGUGGUUCCUUGAGUUGCAAGAAAGGUAUUAAGAAGUCAAGUUCUACAUCAAGGCUUUUAAACAAAGUUGCGGCUAAGGCAACUUCCAUCAAAGAUAUCUUGAGUGCUACUACACUAUCAUAUGAACCCAAUGGCUUCCCUACUCGCAAUGAAGAAGAUAGUUCCAAUGCUCUCACUGACUUCGAUCCCUUUUCACAAUCAUUAUUGCACGAGGUUCAUGCUACUUCUGAUUUUGAUAUGGAUCAUGACGGUUACGAUUUCUCAUAUUUUCUUGAGAAACUGGAGAGAGAUGACCACAACAAAGAGCCCUAUAUGAAUGUUGAGUAUGGUCAUGAUCUUCUUAUAUCCGAUGUGUCCCAAGAAGUCUCAUCAACUAGCGUUGAUGAUCAAGACAAUAUGAUUGGUAACUUCGAGGAUUGGUCAAAUUAUCUUCUUGACCAUGGUGGUUUGAUAUAUGAAUCUCCAUAUCAAAACUGAACGGUUUCAAACUGUUUGAAACUUGCCUGAACGAGAAAGUUAUCUAUAUGUAUUUGUUAUUUGGAUUUUUUAGUAUAUGUCCGAGGUCUCUUGUUUAUUAAUCCCUAGGGUUUUAUAUGAUGUUAAAUAAUUAGGGUUAAUGUUACACUGAGAACCACCGUGCAUGGUACCUUGCGGAUCAAUUGGUAAUUGAUUUGCGUGAGUCACAAUGUUUCAUAAUAUUUAUUAUAAUAAAGGUUGUUUUAUUAUAUUAUCAUUGUUAUUUUGUUGAAAGUUAAAGGCCAUUCUGUAAUCAUCAGUCAUGCUCUUCUUUAUGAUUUUAUAUCAGAGUGUU